AUGAAGCCGGCCUCCCUGCUCCUGCUCCUCUCCUCCGUCCUCCUCUCUUCGCACCUCCUCCCCGCCGCCGGCAGACCGCGCGCCCCCCCCGGCUGGCUGGAUGGCAGCGGCCGGCUCCAGACGCAGCGGCUGGACGAGGAGCUGCUGGGGGACAACAUCCUGAGGUUCCUCCGGAGGACGAACCCGGAGCACCUCCUCCACCAGCUGCCUGCAGGGGAAGGAGACCAGGAGGAGGAGGUGGGCGACGAGGAGGUGCUGAGGAGCGCGGUGCAGCUGCUGAAGCGCAGCGAGGAGCCGCCGAUGUCCAUCGACCUGACCUUCCACAUGCUGAGGAAUAUGAUCCACAUGGCCAAGGUGGAGGGCGAGAGGGAGCAGGCGCUGCUCAACCGCAACCUGCUGGACGAGGUCGGCAAGUAG